UUUUUUCAAGACGUUGGCACAUGAGUUGUCGACGGGAUCUCGUGUAUCAUCAAAACAUUUAUCUCGACUGCGCCCGUUUCUAGAUCCGUCCGGAGUGAUCCGCGUCGGAGGACGAUUACUUAAUUCAGAUUUGCCAUACGGAUGUAAACAUCCUAUGCUUUUGGCAAAACAAUCGCAUCUGUCGGCAUUAAUCUGUCGCCGUUGGCAUAAGAUAUCGUGCCACGCCGGUCCCCGAAUCAUGACAGCACUCAUAUCACGCGAGUUCUGGAUUGUAGCAAUUAAAUCUAUUUUAAACCGCGUAACCCGCACAUGUCCGGUCUGCGUACGUUUCGAUGCUAAGCCGCCGCAACCUAUAAUGGCAGACCUACCAUCCGCGCGAGUACAGCAAAGUCGGCCCUUUGCGCGAGUGGGCGUUGAUUAUGCUGGCCCGAUUCAAAUGCGCGAGGUCCGGUUGCGAAAAAGUCGAGUAUAUAAGGUCUAUAUUGCCGUAUUCGUGUGUUUUUCUGUCAAGGCAGUGCAUCUGGAAUUGGUCACCGAGUUGUCAACCGAAGCGUUCCUCGCUGCCUUUGAUCGGUUUGUUGCGCGUCGAGGCCUCCCGUCAGAUAUAUUCUCCGAUUGCGGCACAAAUUUCAUCGGCGCGGACAAAGCAUUAAAACAGCUGAUCAACAGCCCGGACGGUCAGGACGUAAUUGCUCAAGCGCGCUCAGUUUGUCGAUGGCAUUUUAACCCCCCCAGCGCGCCGCAUUUUGGUGGCCUCUGGGAGGCGGCAGUACGGUCAGCAAAACGGUUAUUAAUUCGUACUAUGGGCACCCAUGUACUCACAUACGAAGAGUUCACGACUCUUCUCACUCGAGUCGAGGCCGUACUCAAUUCGAGACCACUGACGCCGCUGACAACCGAUCCAGCUGAUCUAGAUUAUUUAUCUCCUGGACAUUUCUUAAUUGGGCAGCCUCUAUUGGCUGUUCCUCCACGAGUAUCGUUCGAUUCACGCAUCAAUUUAACUCAACGUUGGAAGCUGCUCGACCAAUACCAUCAGUCAUUUUGGCGACGCUGGUCAACUGAAUAUCUUACUUCGCUUCAAGGAAGGUCUAAAUGGACCACCGAGGCCCCUAAUGUACAAGUCAACGAUAUGGUAGUGAUCAUCGACAACCAAUCCCCGCCAUUGGCAUGGCGCCUUGGGCGUAUCCUCGAUGUAUUACCCGGCAACGACGGCGUCGUUCGCGUUGUGCGAUUGUUGACGCGCCAGGGCGAAAUCACUCGACCAGUUACCAAAAUAGUAGUAUUACCAACGCAAUAACGUCUUAGUUUAAAUUAUCCCCGAUGAGGUGCUCGUUAAUUGAAUCUUUCAUUCACCAAUUCUCAUCAGUUAUUUCAGAACGAUGAUUGAUCAUAAUUAUUAUUCUUUGUUACUUUGGUAAUAACCACUAUGACCUCGCGUCUAAUUGUAUUCAUAUUAUUUAAUAUAUUUUUUAUUUUUUGAUGUUUAUGUGUUUGCAUCAAACUGUGUAUUGAUUGUAAUGUCGUAACCAACAUGUAUUUUUUGUCUGUUGUUAACAUGUAAUUUUUUUUUUUUUUUCCUCUCUUUGUAAACAAAAAAAAAACGAAAUAAUAAAUAGCAUCAUCUAAUCGUCUCAAGUCGCAGCUCCAGUCCACUCAACCCGAUCUGCUCAAUUUCUAUGGGAGCCAUAGCCUCCCAUGGGGGGGAGGAUGUUCGGACCAGACAAUACCAGAGCGCGCCAUGCCUAUCAAAUGACGAUUCCUGCCGCGCAUGCGUUGCGAUCACCAGCAUCGGAGCGCGCUCUUGCCUCUUGGUGCGUAGCGCCGUUGGUAACAAGACCGUUAUGCCGGUUCCGUAAUGCUGACUGAUGUCUGUCGCAUUCGCAUAUAUAGCACGCUACGUUGUGCCUUUUCCUGUU